CUCUCUCUCUCUAGAUUUUGCAAUCGGCUUUAACGGCGGAAGUUUUUUCGUAAUUGGCGCAGAACCAGAAGUUGAGGAUAAGCUGAUCGAGAUUCAACCGGCGAUUGUCUUUUCAUAAAUCUCCAAUCUACGAAAGGAAGGGGAAAAAAUGCCGAACAUACGAGUCAGCGCGCUGUUCAGACCUCUGAAUUCGAAGGAGAAGUCCGAUCAUGGUGAUUCCGUCAGCAUUUGGGGAAUCGAUUCUGAAUCGUUCGUAUUCAAGGAUGAAAAGGAAGAGGAAACUGAGUUCCGCUUCGAUAGGGUGUUCUUUCAAGGAUCGGAACAAGCUGACAUAUAUGAAUUUCUUGCUUUGCCUAUUGUAAAAGGAGCUGUUAAUGGAGUGAAUGGGGCAAUCAUUACAUAUGGACAGACAGGAGCAGGAAAGACUUACAGUAUGGAGGGACCAGGCAUUACAAAUUGCGAUGACAAACAGAAAGGUAUACUGCCAAGAGUGGUGGAUGGGCUUUUCAAUGCCAUUAAACUUUCAGAUGAUAGGAUCAAGUACAAAGUCAAACUAUCAAUGGUAGAAAUAUACAUGGAGAAAGUCAGGGACCUUUUUGAUUUAUCAAAGGACAAUUUGCAGAUCAAGGAGAGCAAAGUGCAGGGAAUCUUUGUGAGUGGUGUUACAGAGAUUUCCAUAUCAGAUUCUGCAGAGGCAUUACAAAGUCUUUCUAGAGGAAUAGCAAACAGGGCUGUCGGAGAAACCCAAAUGAAUAUGUCCAGCAGUAGAAGUCAUUGCCUGUAUAUGUUCUUGAUCCAGCAGGAACUAAAGAAGGAGAAAAGGUAUGGAAAGUUGAUACUUGUUGACUUAGCCGGAUCUGAGAAAGCCGAGAGAACUGGAGCUGAAGGCCGAGUCCUUGAAGAAGCCAAAACUAUCAAUAAAUCACUAUCAGCACUUGGGAAUGUGAUAAAUGCACUGAGUUCACAGGGGAAGCUGAAUCAUAUACCCUAUCGUGAUUCUAAACUUACCCGUAUACUGCAGGAUGCUCUUGGAGGUAACUCUCAGACUGCUUUUCUUUGUUGCUGCUCGCCUAGUCCUGCAAAUGCAUCAGAAAGCCUGUCAACUCUUCGGUUUGGUGCAAGAGCAAAGCACAUAAAGGCAUUACCACAUGUUAGUCUUAAAGAAGAUGAAGACACUGGCAGUUCUGAACCCCAGCCUCCGACCAAAAACGAGUCCUGUGAGAGAAUAUUGGAAAAGUUGGGCCAAAGAAUGAAACCUGAAGAUGUUGAACUACUCGAGCAACUAUUCAUUAUGGAAGGGAUUUUCUUCGACCCUAAUUCAGUGGAAGAAGUUGAGCUAGCUUACCAAGAUGUUACAUCAACAACUAUCUUGUCCCUCCAAAAGGCUGUCCAAGACCUUAGUACAACAAUUGACGAGCUUAAGAAGGAGAAUCAGUUUCUUAAAGGCCUGAUCAAAAGCUGCUGAAAUGAAGAUUUUCAAACGCCUAUGGCUUCUACGUAAUAGCAUAUAGCUCAAGUACUUGAGGAUUAGCAGACUGAUAUAUGCCGAGUCAAAUGAAAUCUCUCAUUUACGUUUUUGUUCGUUUUCUCACUUUCCCAUGCUAUACACGCUCUUGUGUAUUGGAUUGGCUUUUAAAAAUGCAUGCAUCAAUCAUACGAGUAAAUUUGAAGAGAGAAAUUUUAUAUCUGAAA